UCUGCCAAUUGACUAACAACCUACCUACCUAGGUUGUCCCACCGACUGCUGGGUAAACAGAAGCUUGUGGAGUGAGGAAACCUACCUACCUGGAAUCAAACCCAGGUCUUGUUGUGAGACAGGUUAGUUUUAUCCUAACCUGUGGAGUCCUGGAGCAUAAUGAUUGGAGCACUCAUCUUGCAAGCGAGAGAAGCCCAAUUUAUGUCAAUGGGCACGUCUGAAAAUGGGUGGAUUCUCAUGGUAUAUCAUUCACCUGGAGGUUGAUUUCAGGGCCGGGAAACUGGGAAAAGUUUGUUCAUAUUCAUUGAAUAUGAAAGGCUUUGUUUUGAAACCUGUUUCAUCUGUUUUAUGUGCUCACAACAGUGUCUCCUUCAGGGCAGUGGAUGCAUUUCCCCCAUUGGCGUAACACACUGCCGGGUUGGUUUCAUGUUGUUUUGGGGGAUGAUCACAGAUAUUUGUUUCACCAAUUAUGCUCUUGAUUCUCGGAAGCUGUAUAUAAAAAAAAUCUUGACUCAGGAAUAGAACCAGUUCUUGCCCAGGCUUGAGCGCUGCUGGUUUAAAUAAAUUCACCAGUUGUCAGGACGCCUGUGAAGUCUGUUGGAAGAGGAAGAGGAAGUGGGAAGAUAGUGACCUAAUUCAUUGGCUUUGAAAUUCUGCAAAAUGUUUGCUACACAACAAUAUUUCUUUGCUUCUUCCACUUCCUGUCACUGCCCUGUCUCCAACACCUCUCUCCGCAACUGCACUGGAUCUUGGAGUAACUUUUCCCCUUCAAUUCUCAACUCCUCUACAUUUCCUAGAAACCUGGAAGAAAAAGAUAACAGAUCUGGAGACACAAUCAGUAGAGACCACAUCAACAAGAGUCUUUGGAAGUGAUGGAGUCAAAUAUUUUCGGGAAGAGGCUGUACUUUGGAGUUCUGUUGUUCACAGCGAUUUUACUCACCAUCGCUUAUUACUUAAUGCCAUUUCCUCCACUGACCAUUCUUGAAGGUCAAUUUUCAGAAAAUUCACAAAACAUGGAUUUGUACAUCACAGAGACAAACAAGACAACUAAAACACAUCAAGGGACAAACUCUGUUAUCGCAUCCAAAGGCUUUUGGACAAUUAAUUCCAUAGGGCGUCUGGGCAAUCAAAUGGGGGAGUAUGCCACAUUGUACGCAUUGGCCAAAUUGAAUGGCAAACAAGCCUACAUUCCCCAGGCCAUGGCCAAUUACCUGUCUCCCAUCUUCAGAAUUAACCUUCCCACCCUCCAUGAGAGUAUGUGGAAUAAAGUACAUUGGCAGAACUAUCAGCUGAAUGACUGGAUGGAGGAUAGAUACCGACACAUCCCUGGAGACUAUGUUAAACUCACAGGGUAUCCCUGUUCCUGGACCUUCUACCAUCACAUCCGAGAGGAAAUCCUCCGUGAGUUCACCUUCCAUGACUAUCUAAUUGAAGAGGCCAACACGUUCCUGAGAAGCAUCAGCAAAGGGCAAGCCAAUGUGACCUAUGUUGCUGUCCAUGUACGAAGAGGAGAUUAUGUGGAGGUGAUGCCAAACAUUUGGAAGGGAGUUGUGGCUGAUAAAGUCUAUUUGGAAAAAGCAAUGUCUUACUUCAGGAAGAAGUACAGCAACGUGGUGUUUGUGGUGACAAGUGAAGGAAUGGAUUGGUGCAAGGACAACAUAGAUGCCUCCAAAGGAGACGUUCACUUCUCAGGAGAUGGACAGUCAGGCAGUCCAGCCAGAGACUUCUCCCUCCUCGCUCACUGCAAUCACACUAUCAUGACAAUCGGGACCUUUGGUAUCUGGGCUGCCUACCUCGCUGGCGGGGAGACUAUCUACCUCUCUAACUACACUUUACCUGAUUCACCCUUUUUAAAGCUCUUUAAAUAUGAGGCAGCUUUCUUACCCGAGUGGAUAGGGAUUCCCGCUGACCUCUCACCUGUUCUGGUCAGGAAAUAAAUGAUUGCUGACAGGGUGGGUGACUUCCGAAAGAUGUUUUUCUGCAGUUCUUAAAAGGAACCGGCUUCCAAAUUAAGAUUGGGUCAUAAGAACCUUGCCACGACCUUAAAUAUUAAAACCAAAGAGUCUCAGCAGCUAUGACGAGCCGGAGUUUUGUGCCUUUGACCGUAUCAAUGUAACCCCCAAAAAAAUCUGGAAUCUGUUUCAAUCUGUUGCCUGUCUUUAGUUUGCAACAGUAUUAAACAUUAACGGAUACGUUCGUCUGGCACUGUAGUGGCUCUUCCUGCCUUUUUGUGUGUGGGUGCGUGUCAGAUUUCCUUUGUGUUUAACAGACUGAAACCACUUGUAUUGGACUAAAGACGGAUACGAUCUUCGAACGGGCCAACAAGAUGGUGGGAGGCUAUGUGCGUGCGUGCGUGUUUGUGAGCGUGCGUCCAUCGUCCGAACUCCUUUCUCUGAUCCCGUGAGCGUUAAGAAAGGCGCUCAAUCUCGAUUGCUGGUAUCAAGGUUGUGGGUUUGGGCUCGGAGUCGGAAGCUUUCUCCCAAGCUGGAGUCUUAUCACCGGAACCUUUGACACAGUGAGGCCCUGCUCAGUGCCGAUGUGAAACUCGUUCUCUCUCGAACACAGGCCGCCGUCCAGCAAAAGUGAGUGACACACUGAAAUCGCAGUGGGGGGAGCGGGGGAGACGGAGUGUUUUAAUGUACGUCAAGAUGACCUCUCGUUUGCCCUUUUUUUCUUAAAACUCGUCCUCUGUUUUUCCCCCAAAUUCCUAUUGCCAUCUGCUUUCUGUGGCCUUCAAGUCACCCCUUAAUAAGGGGCUGAAGAUGAUGCCUUACUGUGAAGCACUGAUAGCUGCUGUAUUUAUAAGCCUUAAAAAAUAAUGAAUUGUAUCAAAACAUGGGAUAAGUAUAUACCACACUAUGACUAGCCAGAUGCUUACGCCAAGUUAACACUUACAGAAUGAAUAAAGACUGUUGAUCCAGUGUGACUUAUUUAUAA